AUAUAUGUUAAGCGUAACAGAACAUGUUAACCUUAACAUUUUUGUUGUUAUAGCAAACUGUUUUAGAUGGAAAUGUGACCUGUGGCGGGAUUGUACGCAGCUAAACCAAAAUUCUUCGUCUGACAUUGCAGCACACACGAUUAAUGGCCAGCUUUUCACAAGUAAUCAACCCGAUGACAGGCCAAAACACAUGGCAAGAGCGUGGCGAUGACUACGACUACCAUCAGGAGGUGGCAAAUGCUGGCUUUGGUGACAUGCUGCACGACUGGGAACGCAACCAGAAGUACUAUGCGGCAUUGCGAAAGACAAUCGCAGCCAUGCGCAAGGCGGGUAAACAAGUCCAUGUGCUGGACAUUGGCACCGGCACUGGCAUAUUAGCCAUGAUGGCGCUGCGGGCUGGCGCCGAUACCGUGACAGCCUGUGAGGCCUUCAUGCCGAUGGCGAACUGUGCGGCACGCAUUCUGACUGCGAAUGAUGCCGCACAGGUGAGGCUCAUACGCAAACGCUCGACGGACAUUCAAAUGGGCAUCGAUAUGCCGCACAGAGCCAAUUUGCUGGUGGCCGAGCUGCUGGACACUGAAUUGAUUGGCGAGGGUGCAAUUGGCAUUUACAAUCAUGCGCACCAGGAACUCCUCACCGAGGAUGCCCUGUGCAUACCCGCACGUGCCACCUGCUAUGCUCAGGUGGCUCAAUCGCCGCUGGCGGCGCAAUGGAACAGUUUAAAAGUUCUGCCCAAUCUAGAUGGCGACAUUUUGCUGCGCCCACCAACGCAAUUACUGGAGUGCCGCGGCGAGGCCGCUCUGCACGAUGUGCAGCUCUCCCAGCUCCCACCCAAUUCAUUUCACACUCUUACUGAGCCCGCACAGAUCUUUCAGUUUGACUUUCAGCGCAAGCAGCCGCGCGAACAACAGCGGGAGCAUGUGCUACGACUUCAGCUAAGCAAGCCGGGCAGCGUUGAGCUAAUCUUCUACUGGUGGCAAAUCGAGCUGGACGAUGCCGGCGAGCAGCUGCUUAGCUGUGCACCCUAUUGGGCCCAUCCGGAGCUGCAGCAACUGCAGAAAAAUUGUAAAGAUGCAGACCGGCCGCUGCCCAAUAUUGUGCCCUGGCGAGAUCACUGGAUGCAGGCCAUAUACUACAUACCCAAACCGCUGCAGCUGCAGCAGGCUGGCGAACAGUUCUGGCUAAGAUGUUACCAUGACGAGUACUCGCUGUGGUUUGACGCACACAAGGAACAGCCCGAGCAGCCGGCGCGGCGUCAUAGCUGCAGCUGUGACCUGCAUAUGACCUACACUCGCAAUCGCAUCGGCCAGCUUAAUCAGGGCACUAGAAACAAGCGCUACCUGGCCUACCUGGAGCAGGCGGUGCAGCAGGCAAAACCUGCACACGUACUGGUCAUGGGCGAUGGCUGCCUGCUCGGACUUGCCAGCUCUGCUUUGGGUGCCUGCAGUGUACGUUGCCUAGAACCCCAUCGAUUCUCGCGCCGCCUGCUCGAGUCAGUUGCCAAGCACAAUAAAUUGAAGAACGUCAGAUUUGUGGAGAGCCUGCAACAGCUGGAGCCUGAGGAACUAAACACCAUAACACACAUAUUCGCCGAACCAUAUUUUCUGAAUGCUAUCCUGCCGUGGGAUAACUUUUACUUUGGCACAUUGCUGUUGCAGCUGCAGCAACAGCAGAAGCUGUCCGAGUCUGUUGAAAUCUCGCCUUGUGCGGCUCGCAUAUAUGCGCUGCCCGUGCAGUUUCUGGAUCUGCAUAAGAUACGCACGCCCAUUAUUAGCUGCGAAGGUUUUGAUCUGACGCUCUUCGACGAAAUGGUGCAGCGAUCAGCGAAACAGGCCCUGUCCCAGGUGGAGGCGCAACCGCUCUGGGAAUACCCUUGCCGUGCUCUUGCAGAGCCGCAGCUGCUACUCAACGUCAACUUUGCCAACUUUGGCGUGGAACAGCAUAACCAGGGCUGUUUGGAGCUAACAACCAAGGGAAACUGCAAUGGCAUUGCGUUGUGGGUGGACUGGCAGCUGGCACCGAACAACAGCUCCAAAUCAAUUGUCAGCAGUGGACCUCUUGAACCUGUUGUGCCCGGUCAAUUCGUCAAGUGGGAUAUGUUUGUGCGUCAGGGCGUGCACUUCACCAGCCAAACGGAUGACCAAACCCACCUAAACUGGAGUACAACGUUCAGACCGCUGCUAGGCGAGCUGAAUUUUAACUUUUCGCUGCAAGCGAAUCCCGAAGAAACCAAAUAAAAAAAAACCGAUUUCAGCA